ACCCGCUCAGGGAGCACGCAAGUGCGGGACCGAGCCUGCACAGACACCGGGGAUGGAAAAUGUACCAUAGCCGCUUUCUGAAGACUCUGUCACGAUUGCUGUGAACCUCUGAGUGAAGAUGACGUUCUUUCAGAACAACUUCUGGGGGGAGAAGAAUGCUGGGUUUGACGUGCUCUACCACAACAUGAAGCACGGCCAGCUGGCAACCAAGGAGCUCGCCGAGUUUGUCAGAGAAAGAGCUGCUAUUGAGGAGACUUACUCCAAGUCGAUGAGCAAACUGUCUAAAAUGGCCAGCAAUGGGAGCCCUCAGGGGACUUUUGCCCCGAUGUGGGAUGUGUUCAGGGUGUCCUCAGACAAACUGGCCCUCUGCCACCUGGAGCUGAUGAAAAAAAUGAACGAUCUCAUCCGGGACAUCAACAAGUACGGAGACGAGCAGAUCAAAAUUCAUCGCAAGACCAAGGAGGAGAUGGUGGGGACAGUGGAGGCGGUGCAGGCGCUGCAGGUUCAGAGUGGUCACCUUCAGAAGUCAAAGGAGGGAUACCACACUAAGUGUAUGGAGCUCGACCGGCUCCGGAAGGAGGGAGCACCGCAGAAAGAAGUGGAGAAGGCGGAGCUGAAGUCUAAGAAAGCGGCGGAGUCAUUUGCGUUGUGCAUUGAGAAGUACAACCGUGUGGGAGGAGAGUUUGAGCAGAAGAUGAGCGAGUCUGCGCAGAAGUUUCAGGAAAUUGAGGAGGCUCAUCUGCGUCAGAUGAAACAGCUCAUCAAAGGAUACUCUCACUCCAUCGAGGACACCCACGUCCAGGUCGGACAGGUUCAUGAGGAAUUCAAACAGAAUGUGGAAAACAUUGGCAUCGAUAACCUCAUUCAGAAGUUUGCUGAACUGAAGGGAACCGGCAAGGACAGGCCAGCUCUUGUGGGAUUUGAGGAGUACAUGGCAGCUUUAGCUCCGGAGGGUGGGAAAAGGAGUCGGGCAAAAGCCUUCAGGAUCCCCGGCCUUGGCAAGCGGGAUAAAGAGCCUGACUUUACGGAUGCAGCUGUGACAGAAGCUCUGAAUUCACCCUUGGAAGUAGACGAAGAGGGAUUCGUCAUCCGAGCCGACAGCACUCAAAAUGGCUGUUCUGAGGAAAAGGACAACAACUUCUUUUCAAGUGAUUCAGACUGUGACGACGAAGAGCCAAAGAAGUUUCACAUCCAGAUCAGGCCGGUGGCCAGCAGCAAUCGCAGCAACUCUGUGGCUACAGAGAAGGAGCUGAAGGCCACUGUGGGGUCCUUGACUCUGCCCCCUAACAGAGGGGUGCGGCAGCAGCAGGUUCCGGUGAAACGUCAUCUCUCCAGAAACUCGAGUUCAGCAGGGGGCCGAACUGAAGAAGGUGAACCUGCUUCCCACAGAGAUGGAGAGCAGGAUGGCCUGUGCAGGUCCACCUCCAGCCCCGACCACAGCAGGUUGAGUUUGACGGCGUCGGGCUCAGACAGCCUCUUUGGACCGCCGCUGGAGUUAGCCUUCAAGUCCAAAAGCUUUGACAGUCGAGAACAACUGAGAGAGCCCACCGCUUUUGGUACCAGUGAAUAUGCUGCGUUCUCCUCCGACUCCUCGUCACCAGAAAACGUUCAGGACUCUGGCCUGGACUCUCCGUCCCAUCAGCCCCUCGGACUGUCCCCCGAGCCGGUCGGCUGGGCUGCCUGGCCCUUGAUGUCGCAGAGUAAAGACCAGGCGUCAACGCUGGGUCGACCCGUGGACCCUUUCUUCUCUGCGUUCCUGGACCCCGUCCCUGGACGUGGUCCGCACCCACACGAAGACCCCGCCAGCGUUUGGUCCGUCGCCUCAUCGCGUCCGUCUCGUGUCCCACCGGAUCUGGACCCCACCUCGGUGCAGUUCCCGGCCUUCUCCCAGUCUCUGCCCCCACCUGAGAUGGAGUCGUCGGUGUGGAACUGCAAACACAUCCCCCCCGAGGACCCCUUCCUCGCCGCCUUCGAGAGGACUGUCACCCAGGAGACGGUGAACCUGUCGGACGCCUGGGCGCGCCCGCCGCCUCGCCCCGCCCAGCAUGGCAGGGGAACGGAGGCGCGAGUGGACCCGUUCUCCGUCGCUCUCGCCGACACCAACACGCUGCCGACGCCCUCCUCCUCCUCCUCUUCAUCCUCCUCCAACCGUAAAGAGAGAGACAGGAAGCGAGACCGCAGCCUCCCUCCCCCUGUUUCUUCUGACGACCCCUUCGCCAUCACCAUGAUUGGCAGCCCGACGCACCAGUCAACGCUGGCGGCGGCGGCGGGAGGUAUCCUCUCACACGGCGGCGGCGGCGUCAGCCCCACCAGCCCCGCUAACAGCAACAAACUCGGAGUUGAUGUUCACUCGAGCUCCUUGCCAUCGGCUCACUCGAAGAAGGAGCUCAUGCACUGGAACUCAGUCCACAACCCGUUCAACGAAGGCGUCGGCUCCAAAUCACAAGAGGCGGGGAAAGGGAAGUCAGAUGGAGGCGGAGAAAGGAGGAAACACCGAUUGUCAGAGAGUGAGCCGCGCAGGAACGCCCCCCCUCUCACAAGGCAUUCAGGGCCGCAGGAGGACUUGUGCUUUUCAACAGACAAGGACCAGGACUGCCUGGAUCUGAACACUCAGAUCACCUGCAGUGUCAGCUCUCGAAAGGGCUCCAAGCAUAACUACAGACAGGACACGGCUGAAGUGGUGGCAGCUGCUCCGUCGAGGACGGCUCGAGCCAAGAGGUCCUCAGGGCGACUGAGUGGCUGCGAGAGAUCCCGGUCGCUGUGUUCGUCCCCUCUGCCGGAGCCCAGCCCCUCCCUCACCUCCUCAUCUUCCUCCAGCCCCAGCGAGUGGGCUCCUCAAGCCAGAGACGGUGACUGGGGAGGGCAGAACAGAGCGACCAGCCCUGCCCGGACAGGACAGGUGUCUCCGCUGCCCUACCAGCACCAGGACCAGCAGAGACAGCUGCAUCUAUCCAGAGGUCCUAGUCCCAUUUCCCUAAGCACGCAGGAGGCCUGGCCGGUCGCCGCAGCCAUCACAGAAUAUAUCAAUGCCUACUUUAAAGGAGGACAGCACAACCGCUGUCUGGUGAAGAUCACAGGCGAUUUGACGAUGUCGUUCCCAGCAGGCAUCACGCGUAUUUUCACAGCCAACCCCAAUGUUCCCGUGCUCAGCUUCAGACUGGUCAACAUCUCCCGGAUCGAUCACUUUCUACCUAAUCAAAAGCUGCUCUUUAGUGAUCCAUCUCAGAGUGAUCCAGACACCAGAGACUUCUGGUUCAACAUGCAGGCUCUGCAGGUCUACCUGCAGAGAGAAGCUGAACUUAACCCCCAGGCCUCAUACUACAACGUCGGCGUCCUCAAAUAUCAGGUGUCCUCUCAGGAUCCAGGCCGGGCUCCUCUCCUGCUGUCGGCCGAGUGCCAGCGCAGCGGCACGGUGACCCGGGUGUCCCUGGAUUAUCACUGCUGCCCCGCCACCGCACCCUCCACCCAGCUCACCGCCGUCCAGGUGCUGCUGCCGCUGGACCACACCGCCACGGACCUGCAGUGCCAGCCGCCAGCCUCCUGGAAUGCUGAAGAGCGACGGCUGCUAUGGAAGCUCUCCAAUCUAUCCCCGACCAACCACAGCAAAGGCUCAGGGACUCUGUGUGCCAGCUGGCAGUGCCUGGAGGUCCCUCGCGGCCCUCCACCAAGCCUGGCUGUUCAGUUUGUGGGCUCUGGCGCCUCACUGUCGGGGAUGGACGUGGAGCUGGUGGGCAGCCGCUACCGAAUGUCUUUGGUCAAGAAGAGAUUCGCCACAGGGAAGUACAUGGCAGGCUGCUCCUUGUGAAGGUUGCGAAGGACUGUCAGAUUCCUAAAAGGCCCAUCGUCGAGGGUUCAGUCAACUUUGCACUUUUCCAUCAUCUGAGUGGACAUCUCAGCGGAGGAGGAAGGAUGUCUAAAAACGUCAAAGCUUCAGCGUUGAAGAACAGUGUGCACUCACUUCUGAAACUCUUCUAGGGUCGAGCCUUUUCUUCUUCCUCGUCAUUUCAUUUUAACUUCGGUUGUGUGCUGUAACUGGAGUUUUUCCAGGAAGAAAACCUCUGUUAUGACCUAAACCCCUCUGUUCACAUUGUGCUCUGUGUGCCUUUGUAACAAGAAACUCUAAACAUGCUUCAUGUCAGAACCUUGUAAGAACAAGUGUCAAGGAAAUCACUUGAGUGAAUUAAGUUAACAUAUUUACUGCUUGGAGAGCAGUUGCCAUUGAAGGAAGGCUUUUUUUUUUGCAUUCUGUAAAUAAUGUAUUUCAAGAUCAUCCUAAAGGAUCAAGUGAGUAGAGAAAAAAAUGUUUGUAAGUUGAGCAGUUGUUCCAUUUAAAGUUUUGUGAUGUUGAUAUUUAAUAAAAAUAAAUGUU